UCUUUAAACCCAUCUCAUAUCUCAUCAUCAAUUCUACAUUUUACAUACUCUGCAUCAAUCUUUUAUACCAGAAAAAAUGGCACAAUACGGAUCAGGAGAUGAGCAAUACGUAAAAGAAGGUCACCACAAUACCAACGAGUAUGCUCACAACCCACUUCAGUCCACCACCGUAGGCCAUGAGAUCGGAACCACCAUUCAAACGCAUGGCCAUGAACAAGCUGGGAAACAUGAUGGUGGAAUCCUCCAUCGUUCUGGGAGUGGCAGUUCCAGCUCCUCUGAGGAUGAUGGAGAGGGAGGAAGAAGGAAGAAGAAAGGUGUGGUGGAGAAGAUAAAGCAGAAGUUACCUGGUGGUGAUCAUUGUGGUGAUGAGCAGAAGACUUCAGCCACCGCCGUGGGUGGUGGUGGUGGUGGUGGAUAUGAAGCAGGGGAGGAAGGGCAUGAGAAGAAGGGACUGAUGGAAAAGAUAAAGGAGAAGUUGCCAGGGGGUCACCAGUGAUCAUUUUAUUUCACCUGUACGUCCUGUUUGUUUGGUUGAGUGAAUAUAUAUAUAUAUAUAUAUAUAUAUAAUAAUCUGCUUUGUGCCUGGGUGUGUUUGAUAGGGCAAGGCAGGGGCUUGGCAUAUGGUUUUGUAUUUUGGGGCGUGAUUUGUAAUGAAGUGCAUCGUGAUAUAUACGUUCUAUAUCUUCUA